UUUAGAUAAUUAUCUCCAAACAUGACCGAAUCGAAUCCAGCAGACGAUAACCAAUUUCAAGUAGAAAUUAUUUCACCCCAACCUGAGAACAAAUGCUUUAAUCUAAAGAGUUUUGCAGUGAUCGUCGGGUUUGCUAAUCUCCUGAUAUUUUCGGUGAACUCGUACCUAGGAUCUCAGAUAACAACUAUUGAGAAACGAUUCAACUUAGCAAGUAGUGACAGUGGACUUCUAAUGAGUGGAAAUGAUAUUGGUUUCCUUGUAACGUCUCUAUUUCUAACUUAUCUACUUAAAGACACCCACAGACCAAAACUGUUGGGCAUCAGUGGCGUUUUAUCUGGUCUUGCCUGUAUGAUAUGCUCCCUGCCUCAUUUUGUUACACCAAAGUCAAAUGCCGAAACUACAUCAAAUAUUUCGGCGAUAAUCGUUGAAAAAGAAUUGUCCUACUGUGAAAGUUCAAUGAAUGCCAAUGAAACUUGUGCACAAAAUGAAGUCGAUGAAACGACCUAUUCAAAAAACAUUGCUUUCGGAUUAAUACUGAUGUCAACAUUUUUCAUCGGAGUAUGUAAAUCCCCAAGAACUGCCCUAACAACUGCUUAUAUAGAUGAUAACACCGAGUCUGUGUACACAAAUGCAUAUAUUAGUAUUGUUACUGCUAUUGGCGUGAUUGGCCCAGUUUUGGCGUUCAUUAUAGGAGGAAUGUUCAGCAGAAUUUAUGUGACACUAGAACCUACAAACAUAACCCCUUUAAAUCCAGAAUGGAUCGGAGCAUGGUGGCUCGGUUUUGUUGUAUUUGGUGUGGUCUCCGUAUUGUUUUCUUUCAUCCUGUGCAUUUUCCCAGACAAGAAAAAGGAAAUAAUAAAGAAGCAAACGAGAAAAUUAUCCGUCAAAGACCUAUUGUUAACAUUCGGGCGCUUCUUUCAGAACCCAAUGCUCAUAAUCAUUGCCCUGGAAACUGGAAUUAAUUCAUUUAACUCAUCUGGUGGCAUCGCAUUUUUGCCGAAAUACUUUGAGCAUGAAUUUCGAUGGCCGACUUGGAAAGCUAACAUAAUUUUUGGUAGUACACUCAUAGUGAUGGCAUCUGUUGGAUUCCUGUUUGGAGGAACCAUCACCAGCUUCUUCAAAAUGGGGCCAAAAGCCUGCCUGAAAUUCUCAGUUUUCGCACUUUUUUUCCGAUUGUGCUUAUACUGGUUCUGUCUUAUUGAUUUUUGUCCGGAUUUAGAAACAAGAUCUAAUACAUUAUUAAAAAGGUCGACAUCGUUAAACCUAACAAACGGCUUUGAUAAUACAUCGAUCGAUCCGAAUGCUUAUUGUUUGGACUGCGAGUGUUCAGAAGAUCAAUACGAACCUGUAUGUGGCGAAGAUGGUCAAAUGUUUAGAUCUCCUUGCUAUGCUGGUUGUCGCGUGAAGAACAUCAAGACACUGACAUUUUCCGACUGCGCAUGUGUUGGGGGUAACAGGACAGCUAAAAGUGGUUUGUGCCCAGUUAAAUGUGAAAAAGACUUCCUGGUUCCAGUGAUCCUGUCAAUAGUCGCAAUUUCUUCAACUAUAAGUUUAGCCUCAAAUACCAUUGUUGUUGUACGGAGCGUCAAGGAAUCAGACAAAACCAUGGCUAUUUCGUUCUUUUCUUUUAUAUCUUCGAUCAUCGGUUGGCUUCCGGCACCACCAGCAUUUGGCUAUGUUGUUGACUCCUCGUGUAAAACAUGGUCUAAACUUGCCUGCGAACAGAAGGGUGCUUGUAAGGAAUAUGAUAUGGACACAUUUCGUUAUCGUUUUUUUCUAUUACAAUGUGGACUAAGCAGCUUGGCCUUUUUAUUAAAAUUUGUGGCAGCUGUAAUUGGCUUGAAAUCGAAACGAUAUUUUACCGAAGAGAAGUCAGAAAUUAAUUCUGCUAAUUAAAAUUUGGAACCUGAUAACACGACACCAUCUUCAUUAACCUCUUGGAAACAUGAUUUAUUUUCUCUCUGAAUAACUCUUAUAACUCGAUUUUGCAGAAAAUAUCGGAUAUUGAAAUAAAUUGUUAUAACUUAA